AUGCCAAUGCUGCCUCCUGAAAUCAAAUUUGAACCUUCUAAUGUCACCAGAAAUUCCCUUGACAGUUGUUUUCUUUUUGAGAGAAGUUGGAGGAAAGCAGUUUUAGAAACACAAAAGAUGAGGAAAGAAUACACCACAGCAUUUGGUCUAGAAGAAUUCAAAGAAUGUGUCAAAAUGCCAUAUUUACCAGGAUUGCAAAAUUGCCAAAAAAGUGUAAGUUCCACUCCACUGGAGGUUCAUAAAAGACUCCUGCAUGCUGAUACCGAGAUGCCUCCUGUCAGGUUAAAGAAGACUAAGCCAGCAUGUACUGUGGCACUACUUCAGGAGAAAUCAAAAGAUAGGCUGGGUUCUGGCUUCAGCGAUCCUCUCACUGGAGCACCAUCUCAGUACUUACAGAGACUUUCUAAAAUGGCCAUUUUGGAGUAUGAUACCAUUCGUCAAGAAACAACCAGAAAAUUUAAAAAGAGCAAGAAACAAGAGCCUUGA